GGGUUGAUCAUUCACCCGGGCCCUCAGCCAAAGCAGCUGCAUGACGACAUGUUUCUGAGACACGGACAGAAAAUGAUGCACUUCAGCAACAGUUUAUCAGCUCUAUAUUUAACCCGACUCCAAACAGACGGAUCCAGUUUGUGAGCGGCAGAGCAGCAUAAGAGCUCGGAGCCGCUGGACACUUCACAGAUCUGACCGACACUCAGGACACGGACUGCACUAACUCAAGAUGGCUCAUUACAAUCCAUCCUUAUCGUCUCCAUCAGACGAGGUCAAUCUGGGUGUGUCGGUCAAUCCUCAUGCCAAACCCACUGACUUUGACUUUCUGGCUGUGAUUGGUAAAGGAACAUUUGGGAAGGUGCUUUUAGCAAAACUGAAGGCAGAUGGGAAAUUCUAUGCAGUGAAAGUUUUGCAAAAGAAGGUGAUAUUGAAGAAAAAAGAGCAAAAGAAUAUAAUGGCAGAGAGGAACGUGCUGCUCAAGAGUCUGAAACACCCUUUUCUGGUCGGGCUGCACUACUCCUUUCAGACCCCGGAGAAGCUGUAUUUUGUCCUAGAUUACGUCAAUGGUGGAGAGUUAUUCUAUCACCUGCAGAGAGAGCGCUGUUUCUCAGAGGCAAGAGCUCGCUUCUACACGGCAGAGGUGGCCAGUGCCAUCGGAUACCUUCACUCUCUCAAUAUAGUGUACAGAGACCUCAAGCCAGAAAACAUUCUGUUAGACCACCAGGGCCAUGUGGUGUUAACAGAUUUUGGCUUGUGUAAAGAAGGCAUAGAACCAGAAGGAACCACCUCAACCUUCUGCGGCACCCCAGAGUAUCUGGCUCCUGAGAUCCUACGGAAAGAGCCGUAUGACCGCACUGUGGACUGGUGGUGUCUCGGAGCUGUGCUCUAUGAGAUGCUUUACAGCUUACCUCCGUUCUACAGCCGGGACGUGUCUGAGAUGUACGACGCCAUCCUUCAUAAACCUCUGCAUCUGCCUCCGGGGAAGUCUCAGGCCUCCAGUCACCUGCUCUACGGACUCCUGCAGAAAGACCAGCGCCGCCGGAUAGGAGCCAUUGCUGAUUUUUUGGAGAUUAAAAAUCAUGUGUUCUUUGCCCCCAUAAACUGGGACGACCUCUACCACAAGAGAAUCACUCCUCCUUAUAACCCAAAUGUGAGAGGCCCAGCAGACCUUCAGCACAUUGACCCAGAGUUCACCAGAGAGACGGUGCCCAACUCUGUGGGCCGCACCCCAGACCUCACCCCCAGCCUGGCCACCAGCAGCUCCAACGCCUUCAAUGGCUUCUCAUACAUCUCUGGAGAAGACGGCUUCCUCUGAGACUUCUCUCACCUUCAGGUCACUGAGCGCACGGUGUUUCUGGAUGCUGGAAAACACUGGACUGUAAUGAGGGCAAACGCCUUGACACAUGAACCUCAGCUGUCUGAUGAUGGGUUUUAAGAUGUUGUGCUCAUUUUGCAUUCAUAUUUCAUCAGCAUGCACGCAUGUUCGUUGUGUAAGACUAAAGGACAUUGCCUGAGACAGAUUUGUUCAUUGCACCACUGGAAAAGCAGAUGCAGUUGCAAAAUCUAGAUUUCUGAUCUUGCUUGUCUUUUGGGGAUUGUGGAUCUGCAAGCCUUACUCUUGGCAACACCCUCAUCUAACGUUCUUCAUCUGAUUAAUGAAAAGCAUGGAAAAUUACACCUUUGCUUUGUAACCUGUUGUGCAAAAUGUCCUGUAAUGCAAUGCUCUUCUGUUAUUGAAAAUGUCACAAUCAAAUCUAUUUUAUGUAUGAUCCAUACAUGUGAAGAUGAUUUGUCUAUGAAAUCAUGUAUUAAUGCUCGGAAGUCUUCAGAAAAGUGUAAUACCACUUAUAAAUGCACUGGCUAUACAGGUAUAUUGCUCAUAAUGUUACAUGUUUCUUGUUUAAGGUUUAGUAAGACCUUUGCUAAAGGUUCCUUUAAUCUUUGUCAUAUGUCAGAAUUCACUGUGGAAAAAAAUUUGCUAAGAGAUUUGACUUAAUUUUCCUCUGAUCUGGCACUUUUUGUAUCCAUAUGACAAAGUAGCAAUGAAUUCAUGCAAGACAUUAUAUUCA